AUGACGAAAGGAUAUUCAUUAGAACAAGAUUUAAGGUUAUUAAUGAAUAAUGAAAAAUAUAGUGAUAUAGAAAUAAUAUGUGAAAAUGAAAAGAAAUUACAUGGUUCUAGAGUAAUCUUAGCAGCAAGGUCAGAAGUAUUUGACAGAUUACUUUAUAGGACGAAAGAAAAUCGAAUUUCUUUUUCAAACAUUAAUUUCUCCGUAAUGAAAAUUAUAUUAGAAUAUAUUUAUACUGGUUCAAUUAAAAAAGAAUCUUUAGAUAGAAAUAAUAUAAUUGAAACCUUUUAUGCUGCGGGUCAUUUUCAAUUACCAUCUCUUCAGGAAUUUAUUCUGGCAUCUAUUAAGAAUGCGAGUUAUUUAGAAAAUUAUUCACCAGAAUUGUUAUCCAAAAUUGUGGAUAUAAUGCCAUUAUCAGAAGAUAAUAUUCUUCUAAAUUUAUUGGUUGAAACAGUAUCAAUUAUAUCAUUGGAUACUAUUGAACAUGGUCGAUUAUCUAUUAAAGCACUUCGACAUCUUUUAUCUUGUACUUAUAAAAAAGAAAAACCCUUUGCCACUCCAGAAUAUGAAGUUUUUCGAUAUAGUGCUAUUCUUGCUGCAAAACAAGUUUCUAAUGAUGCAUAUGAAAAUAUUAUGGAACGGUUACCGGCCUUAGAUCAAAUAAAAAAUUCAAAUCAAGUACAAAACAAUUCUAUUACUGAUCAUCAAAAAAUUGAAAAGGAAUUGGAGCCUUUGACUCAUUUCAUUGAUUUUAGUCAAAUAGAAAGACAAAUUUUAACUGAUUUUAUCGAACCAUUAGGAAUCACUUCAUCAAAUUUGAUUUUAAAUGUCUAUCGUCAAAUAGUUAAAUCAAAUAAUUUAUAUUCUAGUGGAAUACGAGGAAUAUCAAUGUAUAAAUUUAAAGAGUCAAAUUAUGUUUGGGAUGAAUCAGCAUGUGGACCCAAACUUAUUUUUGAAGAUAAUGGAAAAGUUGUGUACGCGCCAGAUGGUUGUGGACAUCAAAGUGUUAGAGCUAAAAUGCCAUUAGAUUAUAAAGGAAUUUUUGAAUGGAGCGUCAUUAUUGAAAAAUAUUGUGUAAAUGCUUGGGUUGGGGUAUGUGCAUCAGAAAAUUUUAGUUUUGAAUGGUGGGCGGGAUGUCAACCUACUGGAUGGGCUUUAGGCACUUGUGGUUACUUCCAUAAUUCUAACAAGGUAUUGAAGUAUUGCUCACAAUUUCAAAAUAAUGACAUUAAAGUAACAGUUCAUUUAAAUAUGUAUAAAAAAACUUGCGCUUUUUCGGUUAAUGAUAUGAUGUAUAAGGAAAUAUCAGUGAAAGAUUUACCGUCAAAACUUUACCCAGUAGUAUCAUUAAAGAAUAAUGGUCGCCUUCGAAUUCUGCCUUAUCAAAAAGUAAAUUUUUGAUAGCUAAAAAAAAAUUAUUGUAUUUAUUUUGGAAAUUUUUACAUCAACACAAUUAUGAUUUAUUGUUCUUAUUAACACUUGUCAAAAGAACAUCUUUAUAUUUUCCCAACUGAUUGUUGAAUAAUAGUACUAUGAAGAAUCAUCGAAUGAUGAUGACAUUUAAAUAUGGAUUUAUUAUUUUGUUGUAUUUUUUUUUUAAAUAAAAGCUAUAGUUUUAG